AGUGGGUCUGGUCCGGUGGGUCUGGACCAGUGGAUCUGGACCAGUGGGUCUGGACCAAUGGGUCUGGUCCGGUGGGUCUGGACCAAUGGGUCUGGUCCAGUGGGUCUGGUCCAGUGGGUCUGGUCCGGUGGGUCUGGUCCGGUGGGCCUGGUCCGGUGGGUCUGGUCCGGUGGGUCUGGACCGGUGGGUCUGGACCGGUGGGUCUGGACCGGUGGGUCUGGUCCAGUGGAUCUGGACCAAUGGGUCUGGUCCAGUGGGCCUGGACCAGUGGGCCUGGACCAGUGGGCCUGGACCAGUGGGUCUGGACCAGUGGGUCUGGUCCAGUGGGUCUGGACCAGUGGGUCUGAAUGAAGACACAGGCCGUCUGAGACUAACUGCUGUGUUCCCCACAGGCAGCACGCUGUCGCUGGGCUCGUCUCCCUCUCUCUCCAGGUCCCAGUCCUCCCUCAGCUCCCCGUCCAAGCCGGCGGACCUGCUGUCCGUGCUGACCCACAUCCUGGGGCAGCCCGUGCCCCGGGACGCCGAGCAGGGCGAGUUCCUCUGUGGCAAAUGCGUGAGCGCCCUGGAGCGGGUCUUCAAGUUCGACUCGGUGAUAGCCAGGGUGAGGGUGCUCUCCUCCGAGCGGCUCCAGAAGCUGACGCGGGAGCGGGACACGAUCAGACAGUGGGUGCGGCAGAACUACGGCCAGAGGCAGCCGGGCCGCCUCCAGAACCGGGGCAGCGCCAGCGAGGACGACGGGGAGGCGGAGAAGGAGGGCUACAGGGAGAUGCUGAAGGAAAACAUGGCGCUGUCGGAGUACGAGUGCUGGUCCGAGAAGUGGGACACGUGUCCGUAUUUCAUCAGAACCGGCAAAAGGUGCCGGAAAGGCAAAGGCUGCGAAGGCUGCGACCACCUGUGCGUGUCCGACUCCCACUACGAGUCGGUGUGUGGCGUUCCCCGCCACCUCCCCUUCUCCCCGCUGCCGCUGUCGCGGGACAGAUCCCAGAGCAUGCCGCUCCACUGGCACAAGGCGCCGUCCGUGGGCUCCGGCCCGGCCUCGCUGGCCGGGUCCAGCCUCUCGCUACAGGCCUCCUCCUGCACCGGGUCCACUCAUUCUCUGGACUCGCUUGAUGGCAACGACCCGUUUGACUCACCAGGAGUCCACUUCAUGCUGAAGGAGCUGAAGACCAUCGAAGGGAAGCCUGUCAGCUCCCCGUCAGGGAGCAAGAUCCCGGUUCUGGAGAGGAGGUCAGGAAGAACGGUGGGAAGGUCGUCAUCCGCAGUGAACAGGGCCUUGGCCUUCGAGGAGCUGGAGAACGGAGCUGAUGAAACAGACGGAGAGGAUGGAGAUGUCCUGACAGAACUGAGGGAUGAGUUUGUGCCGCUCCAUCAUGAGAGCGCGGCUGGCAGGGUUCCGCUUGCCGUCAGACACCUGCGAGGACGGCUGGACAAGGCCGAGUCCCGCAUCAGGACCCUGGAGGCCGAGCGGAGCCGCGGGGGGGGCGGCUCCAGUGAGGUCAACGGCUCCGAGGACUGGGCCCCACUGCUCCAGGACGCCGGCUCCGUGCUGCAGAGCCUCGGUCACUCCCUGCGCAGCCGGGAGCGUCUGAUCCAGGAGUGUUUGGCUCUGAUCCGGAGACUGUGUGUGGAGCGGGGAGCGCGGACGGAGCUCGCAGACAAGCUGAUGGAGAACCUGAAGGAAGUCCGCGCUGACAACAAGGCCGCCUUGGAGAGUCUGAGGUCUGACGUGACCCAGAGAGAGAAGGAGCUGGAGACGGAGGUCGAGGCGCUGAGGAAAGCUGCCAGAGACCGAGAGAAAGACCUGAACACGCUCCACACGGUGCUGCAGUGCAACCAGGAUGUUCUGAACGACCUGCGAGCGGCUCUGGGGGAGAAGGAGCAGCUGUUGAAGGAGUCGGUGAAGGAGAGGGAGCUGUGGAGACAGAGGACCAGGGCCCUGGAUGCCGUCCGGCAGGAGAAGGAGGCGCUGAUCGACUCGCUGCAGGAGGCGGUGCACGCGCUGCAGGGGGAUGGGGUGGGAGAGGACGCCGCUGAGCUCGCUGCCUUGUUGAAGGACAGACUGGGAACCAGCGCCACCUUGUGUCAGGAAGUCGCCGAACUGCACACAGCUCUGCAGAAAUACCAGGACCUGGUGCAGGAUCAGCAGGAGAGUCACAGUCAGACGGUUUCCUCUCUGACCACUCAACUCGCAGACACUCGGCAGGAGCUGAGGCUGAAGGAGAAGGAGAAGAAGGAGGCGGAUCGAGCCUGGCAGAGCACGAGAGAAGACCGGGACCGAGAGGAGAGGCAGCUUCGACACAGGCUGGAGAAGAGAGAGCAGCUCAUAGAGCAAAUCCUGGUGGAUGCUGAGGAGAGAGACCAGCUGUUCAGAGAGCUGCAGCAGAACCUGGCCAACAAAUGUGAAGCCGUGACGGCCGUCAAACACACGCUGUGACCGACGGCGAAGGAGGUGGAGAGAAACCCUUGCACUUUUCACAACCACCGUUUGGCCUCAUCAGCGUAUUUAUUGUGGUCCUCAACUCGGCCACGUAUUUCAUGUUAAUUUGGUUCUGAAUGUGCCGAGGAAGGCUGGUGGUACUGAUGCUGAAAAUGACCAGGGUUCUGCUAAUGAAUGUACAGGGUUUAUGCAGUGAUUGGGUUUCAUGUUGUUUGUGGGUCUGUCCUUGAGGACAGGAGCGCCUUCGAUCUUCAGUCUGAAUCCAGCUUCUUCCUUCUGCUUUGACCAGGUUUGUGUCUUCUGACCUGGUUCUGUUUACAUUGGAGCUUUAAUCACUCGUCAGAGGGAACAUUUUGGACAGAGGUUUUAUUUUAAACAGUUUUCUGCUUUUAUAUGCCUAUUUUUUAAUUUUAUUUUGGGCUAUUUUCUUCACUGUUGGUCCAGGAGAACAUGUUCUUCUACUUAAGACAAUUAAACACUGGUCCAAACAA